UAGAAGUUGAAAGAAACAAAAGAUUAUAACAAGAAAGAGCAAGAAUUUCAGUGCAGACAUCUUCCCUCACUCUUUCUCACUCGGUCACUCUAACUCUAAUGGCAACUGAGAACAAAGUAAACCCUAACCCUAACACUACGAAGAACAAGAAGAGGAAGCAACGCUAUCUCCCCCACAAUAAACCAGUGAAGAAAAAGGGUGGAUACCCACUACACCCAGGAGUGCAAGGCUUCUUCAUCACUUGCGAUGGUGGCAGGGAACUCCAAGCUUCUCGUGAAGCCCUCAAUGUUAUUGAUUCCUUUUUUGAAGAGCUAGUACAUGGAAAGGAUUCAGGCGUGAAGCUUUCCAUGUUACCUAAUAAACCUUUGAACAAAAAGAUUAAAUUCUCAUAUUCUGAUUCAGGUAGUGAUGAUGAUAAUGAUGAUGACAUUGAUGAUGAGGAGGAUAAAUCAGAUCUCCAUAGAGAAAAAGAUGCUAAUGAUGAGAAUCCAUCAAAUGAAAAUUCACAUCCUCAGAAAAAUGAUGAUGUGUGUCGUGAAAAUCAAAACAAAGAAAAGGCAGAUGAUAAAACACAGGAUGGUAAUGAAAAUCAAGAAAAUGACGCUGAUGGUGAAAAGGCAGAUAAGAAUACAGAGGAUGGUAAUGAAAAUCAAGAAGUUGAUGCUGAAGAGCCAUCAGCAAAGAAGCAAUGCCUAGAAACAGAUGCAUCAACACAUAUAAUCCACAAGAAAACUGAGGAAAAGUCCAUUGAUAAGUUAAUUGAAGCCGAACUCCAAGAACUGGGAGAUAGAAACAAGAGGCGUUUUGGCAACCUUGAUUCGGGCUGCAAUGGUGUUGUCUUUGUACAAAUGCGUAAAAAAGAUGGAGAUCCUAGCCCCAAAGAAAUCGUGCAGCACAUGAUGACAUCUGCCGCCUCAACAAGGAAACACAUGUCAAGGUUCAUCCUAAGAGUAUUGCCAGUUGAAGCAACAUGCUAUGCUUCAGAAGAAGAAAUUUCGAUAGCAAUUAAACCUCUUGUGGAGCAGUACUUUCCAGUUGAAACUCAAAACCCAAAAAAGUUUGCUGUACUAUAUGAAGCUCGCUCAAAUACUGGAAUUGACAGGAUGAAAAUCAUUAAUUCAGUUGCAAAAUCAGUUCCUGGACCUCAUAAGGUUGAUCUUAGCAAUCCUGAUAUGACAAUUGUGGUGCAAAUUGUCAAGACCGUGUGCUUGAUUGGGUUCCUUGAGAAGUACAAGGAGUUGGCCAAGUACAACCUGAGGCAGCUUACAUCACCAAAAUAGCCGGCUUAAGAAGUGAGGAGUUUUGGCUUGGAAACCACACCAAGAGUUUUAAAAAGUGAGACCAGUUUUUGGAUUGGUUGAGACCAGUUUUUAUGUAUUUGUCACAAUUUAUGAUAUAAAUUGCUGCUUCCCAUGCAUGGAAAAACACUUGACACUUUUUCUAAAUUCUGUGUGCUCUCUUCAAUUCUUGACCCAUGAUUUGAAGAAUGAAUGUUUGGGACAUGAA